GAAUAUUAUAAUUGACCAUCGAACAUAUGACGGAUCGCGAUCAGUAUAAAUAGCGUUCCAAACGGCUGUAAGGCAUCAGUCUUUAACUGUCCAAUCAACCUACAACAACAUAUCAUCAACAACAACGAAAAACUCAAAAUCAAAAUGAGCAUCAAAAUGUCGCUGUUCGCUAUCGUCGCCUGUUGUCUGGUCGCCAUGUCCUCCGCCGCCCCGUCCGGUUUGGCUGCCGUUCCCUUAGCCGCUGCCGCACCGGUUGUGGCCGCCCCCGCCCCAGUGGUCACCGCUUACAGUUCGCAGUACGUGGCCAGGAACUAUAACGGAGUCGCAGUCGCGCCCGCCGUCGUCCCGUCCGCACCCAUCGUCAGCUACCCAGCACCCGCACCCAUCUACGCACCUGCCGCAUACGCCUACCCGAGUCCCCUAGUUCAAGACUACUUGUUCUAAAUUUAUUUCAACGCAUUUCGAGACUUCGGAGCACACGUAGUAUGAUAUUAUAUAGCCGUACUAUUUCCGUAAGUUGAAGUCUCUCCGUCGUGAUUUUCAUUCUUAUACUUCAUUAUGCAAUCAUCUAUAUGUCAUUUAUCUGUUAUAAAUACAAUACAUUUAUUAUUAAUCUA